CUUGUGCACCAAACGAAAGCCGGCUCUUUCUAUCUCAAAUCCGACGAGCUCAUUUGCCAAGCGAAAGCACAACCGAUGGCCCAAGACUUGGGCGGCUUAGGCUCUGCGCUAGGCGGGGAGCUGGCUGGUCUGCUCGACUUUCUCAAUCGCAUCCCGCGGGAGGCGCUGAGCACCGACGAGGAAGCAGCGAGGAAACACUAUGUCGAGCUGUGCAAGGACAUGCACAAGAGGAAGCUGGCUAGACCUCCAGAGCUGCCGCCGAGACCGUUGGGAGGACAGCUGGAGGCCGGAAUGCGCACGAAAAGCGUCCCGGAUUGUCGUGUGGACGCCGGGAUGGAGCUCGAUCCUUCUGUACGAGCUGGCUCACGUCUGUCUCAGCACUCUCUGCUACAUGACAUUGCGAGUGGCGAUGAGUCGCCUGGAGUACAGGCCAUCAAUGAAUCUGCGAGUGAAGUCUCUGUCUAUUGGUCUGGUCAUCUGAAUCACGGCAGCAAGAAGGAGGGUAGCAUACGAAUGUCGUGGAAUCGUCGCUGGUGUGUUAUUCGCGACGACCGACUCUACUGCUACAAGACGGCAAAUGAUCAACUAUCGAUAAACGAGUAUUCACUUUAUGGCUGUCAGGUUGCUCUCACAGCGGAUGGUGAAGUUGAGAAGGCUCAUUCAUUUAAAGUCAUUCAGUACGGAAGGAGGGAUUCGGAUGCUAUAUACUUUGCCGUAUUUGUUGCUGAAGACAUGACUAGUUGCCUACAAGCAUUUACAGUCGCAUCAACAGUCAGAGGCGCGACUGCUGUUGAGUUUCAGCAGCCGAGAGCUAAAUCGACUUCAUUUUCUAUGCUCAUGAGUGAUGAAACGUACCAACGACCUAGGCCAUUUCUGACUAAGCCAGUGAUGAGACCGCUAAAUCAACGAGGCCGGACCUCGGGAGCUUCAUCAACUCCCUUGUCACUAACAUCUGGGCCUCUGUCAGCGACUUCAGGACCUUUGUCAGUUACGUCAGAUACAAGUGGUCAUCAAGGAUUAGAUGAAGGAACAGAUGCUUAUGAGGCGUUAGAUGAGGCAGAGCCUGAAAGCAGCGACCAGGAAAGGAUAAGAAUUGAGGUGGACGUAAUCGACACAGUGAAGCAACCAAAGCGAAAAAUUGUGAAAACUAGACAAAUGGUCCCUGAGCAUGAGUCAGUUUAUGAGGAGCUGGACUUCCCCAUUGGAUCUGAAGAAGAUCUUGCAGACGAUCAUGGCUCACCAGAGGAAUAUUCAGGCACAACAGCUUCAUCGACGGAUGCAAGUAGUACAUCGUUUGUACGAGAAACACGUAAGAGCGGUAUUCGUGGAAGUGGACGAAGAUUGAAGGAGUUAAUUUAUGGGAAAAUUCGCACAAGCAAACGGAGCACGUCUGAUCUGAAACACAGAGCUACUGAGCGGAGUGCUUUUGAUCUAAUUGAUGACUCGACCAUGUCUGGGUAUCUUAUGAAGAAGGACUCGGCUGGGCAUACAUGGAGAAGACGAUGGUGUGUGGUUAGAGAGACUUGCUUUUAUUAUUUCAGGUCUGAAGAGCAGGCCAAACCCCAACUUGCUGUAGUGCUUCGAGGCUGGACAAUCAAGUCAUACGAUGCCGACGCCAAACGACCACAUGCAUUCCAGAUAUCUCAUCAAGGAAUUUUACCAUACUGCUUUGCUGCGGACAGUCCUGAAAUCAAGGAAGAAUGGUGGAGAGCAAUCUCAUCUGCUAUCAAUCUCGAAUCGUUAGACAACAUUUCAGCUCCUAUGACUCCGGCAAAGAAUAAUGAAGGUAACAGCAGAAGCAGACACCUUAGCUCAGGCAACGAGCUAGAUGGAGAAGCACUACUAAAGGCCGUGCAAAGUUUGGGAGCUAGUUCAGCUACUAGUCCGGUUGACCAGCCGCCACCUUUGCCAAAUCGAGGCAGCAUGGCUACGAACGGUUCCACUACAGAUAGUCUCUAUGAUCAAUUAGGUCCACCUCGACCGUUGCCAACAGCCGUGGAGCCACGCACUUUGUCUCCUCGAGUGUCACUGUCAAGCAUGGCCAUGGAAAAAGAACUAUACAAUGUACCGCCCAAGAAAAACAUCAAGCUGAAUGUUGUUGAAGGAAUCUAUAACGUGCCGAGACCGAGCAGCGUAGACAAACAAAAUCCCAUGCCGAAAGCAGCUCAUGCUGGUGGAAGUGAUGACGAAGAAGAUCACUACGAGCCAUUGGAUCUACAGCCAUUGCCACCAAGGCUUAAUCUCAGUGAGGAUGGUGAAACAGAGAAAGAGAACAGUCGUAUUGCACAGGAAGCAUCACUUCAGAACAAGCCUGUUGAUGAUCACGUGUCUACCGAAACAGAUAAAGCAGAUGGAGAACUGGCAGAUGCCGAUGACGAGGACGAUGGGUUUCCUAAAAGAUCGGCAACUCUUCCAUCUAAGUUUGGUAGAUAUGUAGCCUCAGGAACAGCUACACUACCCAAACGAUUGCCUACGGAGAAGCCACUUCGUCCUUCAAGUAUUGCUUCAGGUGUAGUAGAGAUUGAUGGCUAUUUGUUCAAGAGAAGCAGACGGUUACGACGGUGGGUGCAACGAUACUGCAAGGUACGCAGCAAGAAAUUCUUCUAUUACAGAAAUAAAGAUGACCCUCCAGUCGAUGAGUUUCGAUUAUUGGGUCACGAGCUGAACAUCCCACCUCAGCCUGAUGUCAAACGACCAUAUGCAUUCCAGCUUAUGAGUAGAGGGCAUGGUUUGCGAAAUCUCAUCUUUGCUGUUGAUAACAAGCAGGAAUUUGAUCAAUGGAGAGAUGUCCUCUUGAACGCAUGCUCUAUUCAAGUUCGCCAAGUCAAUGACAUUUCACAGAUUCACGUUGAGGGUGGUGGCCCUGGUGAAACACAGCCCUUAGCUGUGGCUAAAGAGAGAUGUGGUAUUGAUGGGUCAGAACCAUGUCUGUGGAAAGUCGCUUCUGAGGGACAUAUGCCUUCAUCUGGAGAUAGUCCACCAGUGAAGAGAAGCAUGUCAGCAGAAGCUUCGCGUGGUCUGAAGAUUGUAGAUGAUGAGUGGACAAGAAGCAAGGAAGCACUUGAUCUUGCUGUUGAGAGAGCAGGUACACCUAAGAAGAGAGGUUGGUUGUAUAAUUCACUUCGAAGAUACCGGAAGAAGAGGCGUCGGAUGCCUUUGAUUGACUCUUUCAAGGAGGACGUGAACAGGGAGAUGCCAUUGCAAGAAGAUGACACAAAUGGAGUGAAUUUUCUUCAUCCUGACAACACAAAUGCGACAGCUGAAAAAGGCAGCACCCGGUCCAUUGAUUCUAAAGAAAUGAAAAUGCCUACUCCAGUGUCUACAUUCAAACCGACACUCAAACAAUCGCAUUCUGAUGUAGUCGAGUCUGUUGCAAAUAGAGGAACUAAGAAAGAAGUUCAUAGGACACACACAGAUCCUGAUACAAGAUCAGGAGGAGUAUUACGACGACUCAGUGACAAAUGGCGAUCACCUUCUCGCAAGAAGAAACAUCCAGAUGCUCAAUCGACCGUGUCAUCCAUGCGUCCAUUAUUAAACAACUUGCUUCACGUUCAAAACAACAAGGGAUUGUCUCGCACCUCGGCAUGGACACAAUACUGGUGUGUUCUUCAGGAUGCAUACAUUUAUUGCUAUAGGAGGAGUGCUGGUGCCGAUCCCAGGCCAGUCCUUGGUGUUCCUCUUAUUUCAGGACAUGUCGAGCGUUGCUCAACUGACGAAGAUGUACAGAAAGGGAAUUACCUAUUUCGUGUGAUACCGAAGGAAGAGGCCGGCACGAAUGGAGAUGUCAAGCCUGUCGUCUUUCGUGCUUGUGCAGAGCAAGAAUUGGAAAAGUGGGUUGGCACAAUAAGAGACCAUAUCAAGGAAGUGACAGAGGCGAAUGCCCUUUCUUCACUUGAUGAUAAUAUUAGGCAAGAGAGUGAGACUAGUGGAAGGAGUCGAGCCAACAGUCACAACGACAUGCGUGUAGAUCAGUUUGAGAGUGGUGAUCAUCCUCCAGAUCCUCCAGAACGUCCAUUCAGUCAUCAAACGCUGUCUGCAAUGUCAUCUCUGGCACCACCAGACGAUGAUGUUUACUUUCAUGAAAAUGACGUGUUUUCUCUAAAACAUUACUCGUCAACGAAAUCAAAGAAGAGCAUAGCAUCAGUGGUGGGAAAGUCGGCUGUUGAUUCUUCAGAACCUACACUACCGUAUUACAUUGAUACGGCUAAAGUAACUGGACCCUUGCUUUCACCAUUGCUUGCUUGUGCUACAGGUGACUCUCAAGAGGGUCAGCAGCAAGAACCAUCUUAUUUACAUGUAGAGGAUGCGAAUGAAAUUAGUGAGCAAGUUGUCAACGAUGAAACUAAAUCACUGGACAGAGACAUGGAAAACAAAAACAUCAGAGAAAAAUCUGGUUUGUUACGUCUUGAGGCUGUUGCUGACAACAGUGAGCCUUUUCAGCAUGCUGCUUUUCCUACUCCUUUAUCGUCACCCGAAGAAUCGGGUGAGGUGGAUUGUGAAGGAUGGCUGUCUAAGAAAACCAUGAUGAACUCUUGGUCGGAGCGCUACUGCCGCCUCACUGAUGGAAUACUGUAUCAUUACAAGAAUGAGACGGAAACAAAGCCCAUCCUGUCAAUGAGUGUGUCGGGUUGUCGUGUUCGUUUUGUUCAAGAAGAGAGAGGACGCCACAUAUUUCGAGUGGCUGCCGUCCACAGGAGUGGCGGGCAGCUUCUUGCAACUGCCGAGAGUGAAGACAUGACACGCUGGGUAAAUGCACUCAAACGGGCAGCCGCGAAUCAACCGAAUGUAGUGAAAAAGAGCCAGGAAUCAAAUGGAAGGGCAGUCGGUGCGUCAAAGCCCCGUCGGUCUCAUACGUUUCAUACAAAUGAAACAUCAGACAAACUUGUUCUUGAACGAAGUUGUAGCAACGGAGAAGGGAGAAAUCUCGAAGACAGACACAAGUCAAACGAGAUUCAAGCACCUCGAACAUCUAGUAGCGAAGGUGAUUUCAUAGCUGGCAUAUCAUCAUACGCCGAGCUUCGCAAGUCGUUUGGCAAAGGGAAGAAGAAGUGGAAGACGUCUGAUAUGAUUGACAAGACAAACAUUUCAGCCUUGGGAAUGCAAGAUGCUUCUCAGAAAGGGAUUUUGCACCAAAAAGUGGGAGUCACUGCUUGGGUCAGGCGAUGGUGUGCUCUUAAAGAUCGCUGUUUGUAUGUUUAUCGAAGUGCCAACGACAAGCAACCAGUAGACUCAAUUCUGCUGCCUGGAUGGGAAAUACAUUUGACAAAUCGCAGUGCACGAAAGAAAGUCAUUAAGAUCUGGCACCCGCAAAUGAAAUCAUUGUAUUUCUUUGCCGAUCGUGUGAGCCACAAUGGUUGGCUUUCAAGUCUUCAGGAAGCUACAAUGAUGAGCGGUGAGGACGGUAGUAAUUUGACAGUGUCGAGAGGCAAAACACUUACAGCCAGCUCAACGUCUGUCAGCUCUGGAGCCACGGCAAGUAGUUUUGAAACGGACACUUCAAGCGGAGAUCGUGAACCAAUACCAGAUCCAGAAUUUUGUGAAAACGGUACACAAGGCCGAUACGAAGAGGAAGUGGAGGCGGUGAAAGUAAAGCACGCGGCUCUCAACCUGCAGCUGUCAACACGCCACAGCGAACUCGAGAGAGAGCUUGCCGACUUGAAGCAGGAAAUCGACGACCUGCAGCAGAUUGUAAAUGCAAGCACAACCGGCAAAGGCGACUCGGAACGAAAACUUCGCUAUCUGUCGUUGAAAUACCAACAAAACGAUCGUGAACGCCGAGACGUGGAACAAGAAAUUUCCUUCAACAAGGCUGAUGAGCUGCGUGCGCUAGGAGAACUGGAAGAGCAGCAAAUCCGGGACCUAAAGGAAUCGGGCAUUACUGUGAAUGAUACUCAACAACUGUCGAGUGAUGAAAAAGUUGAUAGUUCAACCCAGGAUUUACUCAGCAGCGUGACACCACCUGUGAGACGAAGAGUCAGUCUGGAGGAGUUGAAUUCGCAAAAAGUGCAGCACGAAUUGUAGAUGUGAUGUGAUGUGAUGUGAUAACUCUACAGUGAUGAAGGUUCUUGUGAGAUGGAGAGCAGGGCUACGUGUACAUAAUUGGACAGAGAGGAAUAGGAAUACAAGUUAGACGAUGUCACGUGAUGCUUUUAAUGUAUACUCUAGGACGUGAGAUGAUACUAAGGUAUAUAGAUAGGCAUAGGUAGCUGGUGCUGUCUGUAUGUCACCACUUAUAUUCAUCGUAUAUGUACACCCUUUGCUAUUUUGUAUGGCCAUGGGUUAGCAGCAAGAUGGCUUUUUGUCCAGAGAUUCGAUCUUAGAUGAUAACAGGGAAGCAAACCGCUUUUUCUAAAUGCUA